CCAGCUCACUGACUGCUCAGCAAAACAAACGCCAUCUUUAUUUGACAGGCAAACUACUGAGGCAGAGUUGUGGAGCAAAAACUAGGUCAGGCAGGCGCCAGGAAAACGAAACCACUUUGAGAAAUUUCUGCUCUCUGUGCCCCCCGCCGGUGUUAGCAAACCUCCCGACACACCGGGCUGUCCUAUGGUCCAAUGUGUUUGAUCGGUCCGCCAGCUUUAACGCAGUUUUCUGGUGUCGGUCCCGGUUGACGUUGAGUGAUCGCCUUUUCUGACAAACUGCCGACGGAGGUGAAAGCCAGGAUGAAACGAGGUCUGCAAGGGAGUGAACAGGAGGAUGGAGGUGGCACCAGCAGUGGGUCUCAGGAGACUCUUAAACGGUCCCGCAAGCAGAGGAGGGAGAAAGAUCUGGAGGAGGAGGGAGCCCGCUGGGGGUGUCUGCCUCAGGAGAUUCUGCUCCACAUCUUCCAGUACCUGCCUCUGCUGGAUAGGGCUUAUGCUUCUCAGGUGUGCCGCAGCUGGAACCAGGCUUUUCACAUGCCAGAGCUGUGGCGCUGCUUUGAGUUCGAGUUGAACCAACCAGCCAGCUCUUACCUGAAGGCCACACACCCAGAACUCAUCAAGCAGAUAAUCAAAAGGCACUCCAACCACCUGCAGUAUGUCAGCUUCAAGGUGGACAGCAGCAGAGAGUCCGCAGAGGCAGCGUGCGACAUCCUCUCUCAGCUCGUGAAUUGUUCUUUGAAAACUCUGGGGCUCAUCUCCACAGCCAGACCCAGCUUCAUGGAGCUGCCCAAGUCUCACUUCAUCUCAGCGCUGACGGUGGUUUUUGUCAACUCCAAAUCUCUGUCCUCCCUGAAGAUUGAUGACACGCCUGUAGACGACCCCUCCCUCAAAGUCCUGGUUGCCAAUAACAGCGACACCCUCAAACUGCUGAAAAUGAGCAGUUGCCCUCAUGUGUCACCUGCAGGCAUCCUGUGUGUGGCUGAUCAGUGCCACGGCCUGAGAGAACUGGCGCUCAACUACCAUUUGUUGAGUGAUGACCUUCUCAUCGCCCUUUCUUCGGAGAAACAUGUUCACCUUGAGCACCUUCGCAUCGACGUGGUCAGUGAGAACCCUGGCCAACAGUUCCACACCAUCAAGAAGAGCAGCUGGGACGCCAUGGUGCGCCACUCUCCUAAAUUCAAUCUGGUCAUGUACUUCUUCCUCUAUGAGGAGGAGUUCGGCCCUUUCUUCCGCGAUGAAAUCCCUGUCACGCAUCUGUACUUUGGCCGCUCCGUCAGUAAAGACGUGCUCGGCCGUGUUGGGCUCAACUGUCCGCGUCUGGUCGAGCUGGUGGUGUGCGCCAACGGGCUGCGGCCGCUGGAUGAGGAGCUGAUCCGCAUUGCCCAGCGCUGCACGCAGCUGUCGGCCAUCGGAUUGGGAGAGUGCGAAGUGUCGUGUAGCGCCUUCGUGGAGUUUGUCAAGAUGUGUGGCGGCAGACUGACGCAGCUAUCCAUCAUGGAGGAGGUACUGGUUCCAGAUCACCGCUAUGGGCUGGAUGAUAUCCACUGGGAGGUGUCAAAGCAUUUGGGUCGCGUCUGGUUCCCAGACAUGAUGCCCACCUGGUAGAGGUCUGGGAGAAGACUUAAGUUUUGUCUAGGUUUUUGUGGGUUUGUGUGCAUCCCUUGAAGAACUUCGUUUUUUGGGGAUGCCUGUCAUCUUUCUCCUGUUUUUGAGAAAGGCUUUCCCAGGCACCAUAUGUGGUUUUUCUCCCUAAAUACAUGAAGAAGUUGCAUCACUUUGCAUUCUGAUGUGAUGAAAUGUUUUACAUUAAUUUCAACGUCACCAUGCUGUUCUGUUCUGUGUAUACAGUCUUUAUUUAUAUGUAUAUUUAUUUAAUAAUAAUAAUAGUACAUUUUAUUGAGAGAGCGCAUUUCAGGGUACUCAAAGACAUUUUGCAUUUGUUAAAAUGAUCAUAACACAACAGUUAUUUCACAUUAAAAGCAGAAAUUUAAUUAGUGAUUUGGACUGGAACAGAUUGGUGCAGUCUUAGAUGUGUGUGUGUGUGG